UUUCUAAUAUAAAUUACUAUUAUAAAAUUCAUUAUUUGAAUGUAUGGCUAUUUUCGCAGCUAAAUGUCAGCGUUACAAAAAUGGUAAAACUAUUUACAUUUAACACAGUAUCUAUCUUAGUAUACAAAGCAAUUAAGAACCCCAUCCUGUAACAUCGAGGUAUGGAUAAUAUCUAACAAUGUUAUUCACAUGUCAUAUAGAUCAUUAUAUACUUAAUUUCAUUUAUAAUUAUUAGUUUAGUAUUAUACAACAACUUCCUAGGGCUACAACCCUAGUGUUUGAGUUACACACGCCCACUCACACCCCCAAAAAAGUUUUUUUUUUCUUCCAAGCCUGAAGGAACACUAUAUGAAAAAAAAGUAGGAUAGUAUCACGAAGUUAACGUAAUUUUAAUAUACCCUUUCUAUAACUAAACUAAGAAAUAGUCUGCCAAAGCUUAAAUUGAUUACUUCUAGUUAAUAUAAUACAUCACAUAAUGUCUGUUGAAACUGCUUUAUCAUACGCUGCUUUAAUCUUAGCUGAUUCCGAAACCGAAAUCACUUCUGAAAAAUUAUUAGCUUUAACUCAAAAUGCUAAAAUUGAAGUUGAUGGUAUUUGGGCUGAUUUAUUUGCCAAAGCUUUAGAUGGUAAGAACUUGAAGGAUUACUUCUUCAACAUCAAUGCUUCCCCAGCUGCUGGUGUUGCCUCUUCUGGUGCUGCUGCCGGUGGUGCUGCUGCCACUGAAGAAGCUGCUGAAGAAGAAGUUGAAGAAGCUAAAGAAGAAUCUGAUGAUGAUAUGGGUUUCGGUUUAUUCGAUUAAACAAGUCAUUCAUUAAUCAUUUAAGAAGAGAAUAUUUAUUAUAUUUUAAUAUCAUUUAACAACU